AUGGCUUCCUACGACGCCUCCACCGGCGACAUCAAGAGCUCUGCGAACGAGAUCUCAACUGAACCUAAAAAUGCCUUCCAAGAUACCAAGCAAGCGGACGCCGAGCAAAGCUACCCCGAGGCUAACCCCGGAGAGCUGAAGCGCAAACUGAAGAGCCGGCAUCUUCAGAUGAUUGCUAUCGGUGGAACAAUCGGAACAGGACUCUUCAUCUCCAGUGGCACUGCAAUCGCAUACUCCGGACCCGCAGGUGCAUUAAUCGCCUAUAUCUUCGUCGGAUCCAUCGUAUACUCGGUCAUGAGCUCCCUUGGCGAAGUCGCAACAUAUAUCCCAAUCCCCGGUGCCUUCACCUCAUAUGCGGCGCGCCUGAUAGACCCCAGUCUUGGUUUCUCUAUGGGCUGGAUCUACUGGUUCAACUGGGCAUCCACCUUUGCGGUCGAAUUAACCGCCACCGGAACCAUCAUUCAGUACUGGAAUGCAGAUUUGAAUAUUGCAAUUUUCAUCGGAGUAUUCUGGGUCUUAAUUACUGCUUUGAACUUCCUUCCUGUCAAUUUCUACGGCGAAUUGGAAUUCUGGUUCUCGACUAUCAAGGUGGCAACCGUCAUCGGGUUUAUGAUUUUCGCCAUUUGCAUCGACGUCGGUGUCGGAGAGCAGGGCUACAUCGGCUUCAAAUACUGGCACAACCCAGGAGCAUUUGCUACGUAUAUGAUCGAUGCCCCGGAAUCCAUCGGCAAGUUCGUUGGCUUCUGGGCUGUCCUUAUUCAGGCUGGCUUUUCCUACCAAGGCACUGAGCUUGUUGGUGUCGCAGCCGGCGAGACUGAAAACCCUCAGAAGACUGUGCCCUCGGCUAUCCGCAAGACCUUCGUCCGCAUCCUUCUUUUCUUCGUUCUGACCAUCUUCUUCAUCGGCCUGCUCGUCCCAUACGAUAAUAGCCGACUCGCCACCGCCAAAACGAACGCCUCCUCCUCACCUAUGGUCAUUGCAGCCGAUCUAGCUGGAGUCAAGAUCCUCCCCAGCUUGAUCAACGCCGUCCUCCUAAGCGUGGUCUUAUCUGCCGCAAACUCCAAUGUAUAUAGCGGCAGUCGAGUCCUAACCGGAUUGGCCUAUGAAGGCUUCGCCCCGGCCUGCUUCGGCUGGGUCACCAAGCACGGUGUCCCAUACAUCAGCGUGGCAUUCACUGCUCUAUUCGGUCUGCUGGGUUUCAUGAACGUUUCCAACGACGCCGGCCAAGUCUUCAACUGGCUCGUCAACCUCUCCAGUGUUGCCGGGUUCGUGACAUGGGCUUGCAUCAACGCUUCUCACAUCGCAUUCAUGCGCGCAUUGUCUGCCCGUAACAUUUCUCGCGAUACUCUUCCCUACAAGGCCAUCCUCCAGCCCUACCUUGCCUGGUACGGCCUCUUCUUCAACAUCCUCAUCGCCCUGACCCAGGGUUUCACGGCUUUCAUCCCGACUUUCAAUGUCUCCGACUUUUUUGUCGCUUAUAUCUGCCCUAUCGUCUUUGUUGUGCUCUACGCCGGACACAAGAUCAUCUUCCGUCCUGCAUUUAUUCGUUCGGCCGAGGCUGAUCUUGAUACUGGUCGUCUUCACUACGAAAAGGUAACGGGACCUCCGAAGCCCUGGUACUGGAGGGUCUGGGGGUGGGUUACCAAGUAA